CAGGAGCACACAGUCACAGCGGGAUCAGAGAUACUGCAGAUCGAGAAGUCACCUCCCUGCCCUCCCUGCUUGCCUACUGGACUUGGACGGUUUUGGAUUGCUCAACGGGUUGCUCCUCCGACUGCUCUCUGAGACUGUCCGAAUAGCUGACGUUAACUUUUGAAAGCUGCUCGAAGAAGGUUUUGAAGGGAGGGAUACUUCCUGACUGAUCUGGAUACCAUUAGAGCAUGGAUCUGUUCCAACUCCGUGCCGCAGAAAGGUUGCCAGAGCUGCGAAACUGAGUGACCGGGGAAUUUGUGGAGGUUUAUCACAGUUAUGUGUGACAAUGGAGCGAGAUAGAUGCCUUUAGUAAAGUGCCUGAGUUUGAUGAACCGAGAGCGCAGCGACAGAAGGGACCGUCCUGUACCUCGAGGGCCGGACAUGGAGGCUCGUUCAGGAGGGAAGGUGGGGAAGAUGAUGUCUGUGGGCUUUCAGAGGAGCUCCACCUCAGACGACGACUCCGGCUGUGUGCUUGAAGAGUACGCCUGGGUGCCACCUGGACUCAGGCCUGAACAGGUCCAGAUGUAUUUCGCCUGUCUGCCAGAAGACAAGGUGCCGUACGUCAACAGCCCGGGAGAAAAACACCGGAUCAGACAGCUCCUCUACCAGCUGCCACCGCACGACAAUGAGUUGCGCUACUGCCAGUCCCUAACGGAGGAGGAAAAGAGGGAGCUCCAAAUUUUCAGCAACCAAAGGAAGAGGGAGGCGCUGGGAAGAGGGACGCCGAAGAUCCUCCCCAGAGCCCUGCAACACACUCGCUGUGAAAACUGUCGUGGCGGCGUUAAUGGAGGGGAGAUGGCCAUUUUCGCCUCCAGAGCUGGGCCCGGUCCUUGCUGGCACCCGGCGUGCUUUGCGUGCUCCAUGUGCCAGGAGCUCCUGGUAGAUCUCAUCUAUUUCUAUCAAAACGGCAAGAUCUUCUGUGGCCGACACCACGCAGAGCUCAUGAAACCUCGAUGCUCCUCUUGCGAUGAGAUCAUCUUUGCGGAUGAAUGCACCGAGGCAGAGGGACGUCACUGGCACAUGAAGCACUUUGCCUGUUUUGAGUGCGGGACGAUGCUAGGCGGACAACGGUACAUCAUGAAAAACGGACGGCCCUACUGCUGUGGGUGCUUUGAGUCACUGUAUGCGGAGUACUGUGAGGCCUGUGGAGAAAACAUAGGUGUCGACCAUGCUCAGAUGACCUAUGAAGGUGUUCACUGGCACGCCACAGACCAGUGCUUCUGUUGUACCCAGUGUAAGACAUCAUUGCUGGGUUGUCCUUUCUUACCCAAGCAAGGUCGCAUCUAUUGCUCAAAGGCCUGCAGCCAGGGGGAAGAUGUACAUGCCUCUGACUCAUCAGAUUCUGCUUUCCAAUCGGCUCGCUCACGGGAAUCUCGACGGAGCGUCCGCAUGGGGAAGAGCAGUAGGCCCGCUGAACAGUGGCGUCAGUCACAGCUGUUUAGUCCUCCAGCUGCUGUCACUGCUUAUGAGCACAGGUUUGGGGAGGGAGAGGGAGAUGGAGACGCCGAUGGGGACAUCGAUAUAGUGGGGAGCAAGCUUACCCGUCUCGGACUGGAGGAGGAGAGGUUCUGGAGAGAGCGGGAAGAGCAGGAUGCCGGUGGAGAGGAGGAUCCGGAGGAGUGGGCUCAGCACGAGGACUACAUGACUCAGCUUCUGCUCAAGUUUGGUGAUCGUGGGAUGCUACACCAGCUCCAGCCGUCAUGUCUAAAGUCACCAAGCCCCAACGGUGAUGCAACGCGGCUAAUAAAUGAUCCCUGGUUAAAGUCCGAAUCGACAUCAGUUGGGCGUAACCCCUCCUCUCCCACCCCUACCAGUCCCACCCAGAGCCAAACUUCUGUUCAGUCUCGAGCUAACAGCCUUAGCCCUGGCUUGAUAGACAAGAAGCAUCUACCGGAAAUGUACUGGGCCCAGUCGCAGGACGGCCUUGGAGACUCGGCUUAUGGGAGCCAUCCAGGUCCCGCCAGUGCAAGAAAGAUCCAAGAGCUGGAGUUGGACCAAGAUCAGGAGCAGUCUGGAGUAGGAAAACAGGCCUUUUGGCCAGACACAAGACAGUGGUAUGAUGACUCCCUGGAGUGUAUCGCUGAUGAGCUAAGGAAGGUUGAAAAGGGCGUAGGAGAUUCCAUGGACUCCCUUGCUUUGUCAAACAUCACUGGUGCGUCGGUGGAUGGAGAUGCAACCACAGCCUACAACCUUCACACCAUCCACGAUUCCUCCAUGACUGUCGAGUGUGAAAAAAUGAGCAACAUGGGAACGUUUAAUUCAUCACAUAUUCACCACAGCGCAAACUCCCUCGGGCUCAACAUGGAAAAGAGAGCUGAGGGGGAAGAGAAUGGGGUAGCGCUCGGAAUGAGGGUUGGUCCUGUAGGACUUCACUCAAUGUCUCCACAAUCAGAGGGCCUCCCCGCAUCCUUUGUUCAAGCUCCAGCUCUGAGGAGGAGCAAGUCGCAAUCCAGGCCCCCUCAGAUGGUCAAGUUCUCAGAGGACACGGUGGACAAUGGCUACAACGACGGUUUUGAGGUCAGCGUCAUGAAACAUCCUAUGAGCGAGAAACCACAGAGAAGAGCGUGCUGCCCGGAGGAGCUGGGCAGAGCGAGAAGCCACUCGACGAGCCACCACGGCAGAAGCAGGCCCCAACACCACCGCCAGGGCCGGCGCCACCGGAGCCGCAAAACCCGCUCGGACAACGCGCUUCACAUGGUACCUGUGGGGAGAGCGCAGAGGCCGUUUGAUCCUCAGCAGCAGGACAUAGCAAACCCACCAUACGGUGCGAUGCGCCUCCAGCACCCCACGCACAUGCUGCCGCUGGCCUUCUCCCAAACCCGAUCUGACUACAUGCUUCGCAGCUCGAACCAGAGCAGCUCGCGGUUUGACCAGUUCAUGGAUCUCCACAGGGACGAGGACGACUGGUGCUCGACUUGUUCCUCGUCGUCGUCGGACUCUGAGGAAGAGGGAUAUUUCCUCGGCCAACCAAUCCCCCAGCCUCGGGCGGUUGGCCGUUACUACGCAGAAGACUACCCGACGAGGGUGACCGCCCUCACGGCCCUCAGCCAUGGCUCACAGACAGGUCGCCGGAAGGGCCACAGCUCCAAAAACUGUAUCAUUUCAUAGCAACGCACGCUAUUGUUGUCAUGAAGCGCACUACCCAAAGCAAUAUGGUAAAGAUUUUCAGUUAGGUCUGUCAUAUUUCAUAAAGAGGCCAUUACUGAGCUGGUUAAAAAAAAAAAAAAACAUGUAUCAUAACAGGAUGCGAAUAACAGGGAAGUUUUGAAUUGCACGAAGAGAGGGUUUUAUGGUCAGUUAACACAACGGUAUAUUAGUGUCUUUUUUUUCCAGAGGUUAAUAAUGCAAGUAGAUCCUAGAAACUAUCAAAUAAUUAUUUAAUGUUUAACAAGACAACGUAAAAAUGUAUAUAAUAAGUUAAAAUUUCAGUACUGGUAUUUUUAUACUCAGCCUUUGCAAGUGUGAAAACCGUUUUGCUUGAGUGGUAUGAAUUAAAGACUGAGAAGGAGCUACCACUUGGUUCACAGAAAAGAGCCAUGUUAUUCCUGUUUGACAUCUGCAUCACCUUCCACAUUAUGUACCCGCAAUCUGUGUACAGAACUGACAGCAACACACCUGUAUCUGCACCCGAUCUCCGCCAUUGCUCUAAGAUAACCAAGCAUACACUUUGUGAUGUAAAGAUGCUUGUAAUAAAUAUUUUCUUUUCUCCAA